AUGUGCCUCUGGGCCCUGCGGCUCCUCCUCAUGCGACAACCGUUGUAUCUGCUGGUCCAGGCCGGUCAGCCUCUAGAGUGGGCCCAGGUCCCUGGACCAGAUGUUGGGUGCACCUCGGGAUUGACUGAAACUCCAGGCCCCUUCGUGGACUCGGAUUCAUCUGGAGAGCCGCCCUUGGGGCCAGAUCAGGAUGCUGUUCUGCAUCAGGAUCUCAAUGAGCUGACUGGCAGGAAGGGCUCCCAGAGGCUGUUUCGAUGCUACACCGGGACCAGGAUCAGGCCAGACUUCAGGGAUCCACAAAAAGUGAAAGAGUUUCUACAAGAAAAACAUGAAAAGAAAAGAUGGUAUGUCCCGCCAGAACAGGCCAAAGUGGUGGCAUCAGUGCAUGCAUCUAUUUCAGGGUCCUCUGCCAGUAGCACAAGCAGCACACCUGAGGUCAAACCACUGAAGUCUCUUUUAGGGGAUUCUGCACCAACAUUGCACUUAAAGAAGGGUACACCAAGUCAGUCCCCAGUUGUAGGUCGCUCUCAAGGGCAGCAGCAGGAGAAGAAGCAGUCUGACCUUUUGAGUGUUCUUGGCUCAGACAUCUUUGCCGCUCCAGCUCCUCAGUCAACAGCUACAGCCGAUUUUGCUAACUCUGCACAUUUCAACAGUCAUGCAGGUGGAAGUGCUGGAUCCAUAAAUGCUAAUUUUGCUCAUUUUGAUAACUUCCCCAAAUCCUCCAGUGCUGAUCUUGGAAGCUUCAAUACUUCCCAGAGUCAUCAAACAGCACCAGCUGCUUCUAAAGUUUCAACAAACAAAGCUGGAUUACAGACAGCAGACAAAUAUGCAGCACUUGCUUAUUUAGACAAUAUCUUCAGUACUGGGCAAGGUGGUGAUCAGGGAAGUGGCUUUGGGACCACAGGUAAAUCUCCUGUUGGUUCUGUGGUUUCAGUUCCCAGUCAGUCAAGUGCAUCUUCAGACAAGUAUGCAGCCCUGGCAGAACUGGACAGCGUUCUCAGUUCUGCAGCCACCUCCAGGAAUGCGUAUACUUCCACAAGUAAUGCUAGCAGCAACGUUUUUGGAACAGUGCCAGUGGGUGCUUCUGCACAGACACAGCCUGCUUCUUCAAGUGUGCCUGCUCCGUUUGGAGCUACGCCUUCCACAAAUCCCUUUGUUGCUGCUGCUGGUCCUUCUGUGGCAUCUUCUCCAAAUCUAUUUCAGACCAAUGCCAGAGGAGCAACAGCGGCAACCUUUGGCACUUCCUCCAUGAGCAUGCCUGCGGGGUUCGACACCCCUGCUCCCUAUAGUCUUCCCACCGGCUUUAGUGGCAGCUUCCAGCAGCCUGCUUUCCCAGCCCAAGCAGUUUUCCCUAACAAAACAGGUUUUUCUCAACAGCCCAGUGGUGCAGGUUUUGCAGCAUUUGGACAAACAAAGCCAGUGGUGACCCCUUUUGGUCAAGUUGCAGCUGCUGGGGUAUCUAGUAAUCCUUUUAUGACUGGUGUACCAACAGGACAAUUUCCAACAGGAAGCUCAUCAACCAAUCCUUUCUCAUAG